ACCAACAUGCUCGCCUCAUGGUCCAGGAAGCUGUGGCCCACCUGCGCCAAUGUUCUGAAGGCAGAGAAGUCCGGUUGGAAGUCCAAUGCUCGCUCAACUGCAUAUCGACCAUUGUCAACAAAACUGCUAGAGUCUAAGCUACCCAAAACGUACUGUCGUAUUCCACAGACACGAUCAGCAGCGGCUUCACCACUCAGAAGCUCUUCAUUCCCGCGCAUUAUCUCAAAACGAUUCUUUCAAGCUACCACUCUCAAACCGGCAAAGUUGGAACCACACCAUCAAAAACUGAUUUUUAUCGUAGUUGUGGUGGGCACGGUCGUUAUUGGCUUCGAUAUCUAUUAUUUCGCCUAUGUGCAUGAGCCCACACCCUCGACCUUAACGCCUGAAGAUUUUCGUCCGUUCAAACUUGUUGAGAAAGUUCCGCUCACCCACGACACGUCCCUUUUGCGGUUUGCAGCCCACCUUCCUCAAGCGGAUUCUCCAGCUGGUAUCCCCGUUCCAUCUCAUGUGAUUGUCAAGGAUGACACAUGCCAGAUUGCGCGCGCAUACACUCCUGUAACUUAUGUGAGAGGACAUUUUGAUCUGCUAGUUAAGGAGUAUGAAAAUGGAAGUGUUAGCCGGUUUUUGCAUGGAGUCAAACUUGGUGAUAAGGUAGAGAUCAGAGGUCCUAUUAUUACUUUGCCAUACGAGGCGAACGCUGUUGAUGAGAUUGGAAUGAUUGCGGGUGGAACCGGUAUAACGCCCAUAUAUCAAUUGAUUAAACGUAUCCUCAAAGAUCCAACCGACAAAACACGCAUCUCCCUCAUCUACGCCAACCGUUCUGAAGAGGACAUUCUCCUUCGGAACGAACUGGAAAUUCUCAGCUCAUCGCGUCCCGACCAACUCCAGAUCUACUACAUUGUGGAGAACCCGCCAGCGCAGGAAGGCCGUCCGUGGGCACAAGGUGUUGGACUGGUUAGCCAGGAUAUGAUAACGAAGCAUCUUCCAAAUCCAGACAAGGGAAUGAAGGCAGCUAUAUUGGUGUGUGGUCCGGAUGGAUUGAUAAAUCACGUCGCGGGUCCAAAGGCCAGCGACGACGAGCAAGGGCCGUUAGGUGGGCUGCUGAAAAAGCUGGGAUAUCAAGAUAGACAGGUUUUCAAGUUUUGAACGCCUGAAUAAUUAGAAUACCAUCGUGUAGCUAGAUAGACAUGGUGCUUUCCAGUGACCUAUUUAAUCACAAUUUACUCACUAGCAA